ACUGUUAGACGCCUCAGGAGCCCUCAGCCAUUAUUUUUUUUGUCACGUGGAAAGCACAACUGGCUUCAAAUACUAGUACAAAUAGCGGCUCCCGGCGAUCUUCAUUCUCAGAACCAAGUUAGUUUGACUAACUGUAGCCAUAGCACUUGAAUCAGCAGAACAUAAUAUCCGCAAUGGCAAGUGUAGCUGCUUCAAGCUUUGCAUCGAGAAGUACUUCACCUUUCCACCAUGGACUAGCCUCGGGAUCUGAUACGAAAGGAUUACAGAUGAAAAUUGGAUUAAUGAAACAAACCAUGACCCACAAUGGACUAAGGUGUUUAAACAAAGAGGAUCAGUUGUAUAUCAAAACCAAGGCAAAAGUAAACAGCAUGCAAGCUGAGAGGAAAAGGUUUAGAACAGAGAAGGAAAGGACCAAGGGACCAAUUGUUUGUGGAAGUGGCAUGAAUUUGGUAUUUUUGGGAACAGAGGUUGCUCCAUGGAGCAAAACUGGAGGCCUUGGAGAUGUUCAUGGAGGUCUUCCACCAGCUAUGGCCGCUUUUGGGCACCGUGUCAUGACCAUCGCUCCCCGUUACGACCAGUACAAAGAUGCUUGGGAUACAGAAGUUGUAAUUGAGGUUAAAGUUGGAGACAAAAUUGAAAUGGUUCGCUUCUUCCAUUGCUACAAACGAGGAGUUGAUCGGGUUUUUGUGGAUCACCCUUGGUUCCUUGAGAAGGUAUGGGGGAAGACUAAAUCCAAAAUCUACGGGCCUAUAACUGGAGUGGACUACCAAGACAACCAACUUCGAUUCAGUUUGUUAUGCCAGGCGGCUCUAGAAGCACCAAGGGUACUGAAUCUUAACAGCAGUAAAUAUUUCUCGGGACCAUAUGGAGAGGAUGUUGUUUUCAUUGCCAACGAUUGGCAUACUGCCCUUCUUCCAUGUUACCUCAAAUCUAUGUACAAAGACAAAGGAAUUUACAAAAGUGCCAAAGUUGCUUUUUGCAUCCACAAUAUUGCUUACCAAGGAAGAUUUGCAUUUGCAGACUUUGCACUUCUCAAUCUCCCUAAUGAAUUUAAAGGCUCUUUUGAUUUUAUUGAUGGGUAUGAUAAGCCCGUGAAGGGUAGGAAAAUCAACUGGAUGAAAGCUGGAAUAUUACAAGCAGACAAGGUGUUAACUGUGAGCCCACACUAUGCCCAAGAACUUGUUUCUGGCGUAGAUAAAGGAGUGGAAUUGGAUAACAUACUUCGUAAAACUGGUGUUACUGGAAUUGUGAAUGGGAUGGAUGUCCAGGAGUGGAACCCCUCCACUGACAAAUAUAUAGGUGUUAAAUAUGACGCUUCAACUGUAAUGGAUGCAAAGCCUCUUUUGAAGGAAGCUGUCCAAGCAGAAGUUGGGUUACCAGUUGAUAGAAACAUCCCUGUCAUAGGCUUCAUUGGUAGACUCGAAGAGCAAAAAGGCUCAGAUAUUCUUGUAGCAGCGAUUCCCCAAUUCAUCAGAGAAAAUGUUCAGAUAAUAGUCCUUGGUACUGGUAAAAAAACAAUGGAGAAGCAACUUGAACAACUAGAGAUACUAUACCCAGACAAGGCUAGAGGAGUGGCAAAAUUCAAUGUUCCUCUGGCCCAUAUGAUUACAGCCGGAGCCGAUUUUAUCUUGGUUCCAAGCAGAUUUGAACCUUGUGGUCUCAUACAAUUACAUGCUAUGCGUUAUGGAACUGUACCUAUUGUGGCCUCCACCGGUGGACUAGUUGACACUGUACAAGAAGGUUUUACAGGAUUCCAGAUGGGAAGCUUCAGCGUUGAAUGUGAUGCUGUGGAUCCAACGGAUGUGAGUGCAGUGGCUACAAGCGUCGGAAGAGCCCUCGCAACAUAUGGUACUCAAGCUUUGACUGAAAUGAUAAAAAAUUGCAUGGCUCAAGAUCUUUCAUGGAAAGGACCCGCUAAGAAGUGGGAAGAGGUGCUGCUAAGUUUGGGAGUAGAUGGCAGUGAACCUGGAAUUCAGGGUGAGGAGAUGGCUCCACUUGCCAAGGAAAAUGUUGCUACGCCAUAAGGAUU